AUGGAAGAAGAAGGUGAUCCAAGUGAAGUUGUUGCUGUUUUGUUGGGCGAUGCGAGGAGCGAGGCGGAUGGGAACCGUCAAUCGACAGGGGCAAUGGAGGUGCCCUUAAGGCGGCGCCACGCCUCAGAAGCGGCGUCGACGGUGGCAUCGAGUUUGCCGGAGAGCGUGCGAAGCUACCGCUCCAUUACCACUGCUGCACCUGAAGGCUGGGCACCCGAUGACGCUGCCUCGUAUUGGUACAGUCAAGUGGAGUUAACCACCCAUUUGGGACCCUUCCGUCGCAUUUGGAUGGGUCCACAGUUCACCUUCCGUGUUUAUCCUUUUGAUCUGGAAAAGUUGACAAUGGGAGACGGUGUUUACCUCGUCACUUUCUUUGACGUGUCAGCAAUGGAGCACUACUCAGAGGUUGGUGACGCACCGAAGAAUGACGCCUACCUCUACUUGCCCCCCUGUCCCUCGCCUCUGGUGAUGGGGAUCAGUUGCGGGUGCAGCGGUGUCGGUAGCUGUGUAGUUGGUGCCUCCGCCUCCGCAUCCUCCCUCAACGAGGGUCUCUUCUACAUUCAUCGUUGCGGUAGGUUGAUCACAAUGUAUGACCACAAUCACGGUGUGUCUGCAUGUGUUGUGGUGUACUAG